UCAACCUCAUUCCUGCACCGAAACCAUCUCCUGUGUGCAUGGUACGCACACUAGUCUCGAUCAGCACCGAGGACAGACGCACCGAGUUGGGACAGGAUUUUAAAAGCGUUUAAACUGUUAACGGUGUGAUUUCAUCGGACACAUCAUGAGAAGCUGGUGAAGGAACUCGCUGGAGUUUACUUACUCAACUAAGAAAGAGUUAUUUUGGUGGAAAUUUAAACACAAUGGAUCAGGAGGACACACUGGACUUUAAGGCCCUGAUGGCCAAGUUUCAGGAGGAACAACUUCUUCUGAAGCAACCCAAGAGCAAACCUGCUCUCCCAGAGAAACCUAAAAGUGUCCCUCCUCCCACGAGUCCCUCUUACUUCCUCCCUGCAGGAGCACGCCCCUCCCUUCUCACCUCCAUCAACCACACCCUAGAUGGGAAAACAGUAAAUGCCCCCAACGUCAUCUUCAAGGAGGAUAAGAAGCAGAGCAAAAAGCCUCUUAUCUCUAAGGUAAAAGACAAGAGUGAAGAGAAGCUGAAAAAAGGUAAAGACAAGACACUGAAAGGAAGCAAAGAGAAGCUUGAAGAAAUUUCAGAUGAUCAGAAACAGAAGAAAGAGAAGAAGUUCCCGCUGUUCCCUGGAGCAUCUAGGGGGAAAACUGCUGAGCUGGUGCCAGCCACACCCCCACCUAAAUCCACACUGUCAAAGAAUAAGGGCAUCCUGGGUUUCAAGAAGUCCAUUCAAAGAAAUUCAGCAGAGGUCCCUGCAGAUCUGAUCUUAGACUCUCCCAGCUUAGACAUCACUGGACAAGCGCCACUUAUCCCAUUAAAUUCUGACUAUGGUGUGGUACCACCUGAAAUUUCUGCCCAAAGGGCCCUUCUACCAAACAUCCCUAGCUUACCUGACUCAACUGCUGUGAUGGAAAUAACCCCGCCCUCCACUAUCCCUGCCUCUCCCGAAUUGACCCCCCCUCCUACCUUUGUUCCUGAUAUCCAAGCUCUCCAAGUGCCCUCCUUAGAGAUUGAAACUCCACUUGAGAUGGAAACUCCUGCAGUGCACAUUUCCAGGCCUGCUAGUCAGAAUGGAAUCAUUCCCAAUCCAUCCAGUGAUUCCCCAACCCCCCCACCCAGUCUUGUCAUCUCUAGUCCUUCUCCAGUGACCUCCACUCCUCCUCCAUCACCCCCUGAGCCUGAGAUUGUAGCUGAGGCUUGUGUAGAGGCUGUAAAUAUAGCUGCAGUGGAGACGCCUCCUCCUCCUCCUGCAACAGAUCCUCCAUCCAUUCCGUCAUCUCCUAAAUCUGAGCGACCCAUCUCGGCCCUCUCUGCCCUCUCCAGGGCGGAGGACAUGGUCCCAGCUAGAAAGAUGUCUCCGGUUGACCAGAGGAUCUUCAAUGCUCUGGAGAAGGCACGCAAGAAGAUCAGCCAACCGACAAACCCCACCACAUCCUACUCGACCCCCCCACCUUCUGAAGAGCUUCCCCCAAGUCCCACCAUUUCUCUCCCAGAUCUACCACCCAUUGAUUAUGAGGGAAAGGCCAACAGCUUGGACCACAGGCAAGCCUCUCCAGUAUUGGAAGGUAUCACUGAGGAGGGGUCAGACCCUAUCCCAGAGCUGUUGGUGGUUCCACCUCCUCCCCCCAAAAGGCCCCUCCCAGACGUAGAGUCUCUAGGUGUAUCUCCAGAGAAACCCCACAGACCUCCCUCUGUCAACCUGAUUCAAUCUAUCCCUCCUCCUCCUCUGGAAGAGAUCCCGGCUCCUGCUGAUUUCUCCGAGGCUGACCCCACAGACAUCCCAGAGUUUGAUGAUGUGACCUCAGAUGCUUAUUCUACAGAGCUGCAGGUGUCAGAGUGGGGGAAUGGGGAAUUCUCAGGUCAAGAAACUCCAGAGCAACAGAACCUGCCAGAGUUUUACAGUAACGGGACGACUCCACCUGAAGCUGAGGUCCAAGCAUCUCCAACACCUGGAGAGGAUUAUCCAGAUAAUCGACUAUCAGGAAUUUCCUUCCCAGUCCUUCAGGAAUCUCCAGGGAUUUCCGCUGAAACUGGCAACGAUGUGCAUGAGAAUACAGAAAAUGUCUACGAGGACAUCACCACGUCUUCAAGCAAAAAGAAAUCAAAGAGUGAAAGUGGCAAGAAGCGCAAAGGACCCCCAAAGAAUCCAUAUGCUGAGGCUCAACAGGAAACAAUUGUAGAGAAAAGCAAAACGGGCAGGUUCGGAAAGAGCGAAAAGAAAGCCGCCGCAGAAGGGCCGGAUGAGAAAGAGCUGAAAAAGAAAGAGAAGCAGCGCCUGGAAAAGGAGAAGAAGGAGCUGAAGGAGAAACAAGAAAGGGAAAAGAAAGAGCAGAAAGAAAGGGAAAAGAAGGAGAAUGAGAUGAAGAAGAAAUUCAAAAUCACAGGACAGGAGGAGGCCAUGUACGAGGCAAAAGUAACCGUGGCGACCAAGGGACGUAAAAAUUAUCUGACCGCCAACAGCGGGGACAUCAUCAGCAUCAUCCGGACAACCAACUGUCCCAAAGGGAAAUGGCUGGCCAGGGACAGCAGCAACAACUACGGAUAUGUUGCCGUGGAUCAUGUGGAGCUGGACAUCAAGGAGAUGUUGGAGCUCGGAAAGAAGGCUGCCAUCUCGCGCAGGAGCAAUAACAACAAUAAUGUCGUUGAGGAGGAGCUUACAGGCACGGGGAGCAGGGCUACGAACCAUUAUCCAUUGUCAGCAGAAAGCUUCGAAGAUGACAGUGAGGAGUGGACCGGUGACGAAGAAGAACCCAUCUCUCCUGCUCCUGAAACCGCAGAUCCACUCACUCCAAUGGGCCACAACAGGACACUCUCAAUGCCAGACAUGGGAAACAGAGACCUGAGCGUAAACCACCAACACAGUCAAAGUGACAUCAGUGCAGAGGGCACACAUGACAAAGCAAGACAUGAAGCACUUCAGAAAUUGGCCACAUUUUUCCAUUCACCAAAACCUGCAGAGCCUGUCCCCAGCAGCAUUGAAUCAGUGACAAGUCCUGUGAUUGUGGAGGAGGAAGAAGAGCCCUUGCCUGAAAUUACUUCAUUAGAUUUUGAUCAUCCUGACUGGAUCAUUUUACCUCCUCCUGACAUGUAUGCUGACCUGACCGUGGAGUAAUUCUCAUAAGCAAGCAGGUCAAAGAUCAGCCAGGCAGAGGAAAAACAAAACCAAAAAGAUUUGUCCAUACUGUUAUUCUGCACAAUGUGACCCAUUUCAGUCACCCAAUACUGUGACAGUAUAUUCAUCUUCCUGACUAUGACCUUGUUUACCUGGUGACGGCAUUUAUGGAUCAGUGCGAGGAUGAAGAGGAUCAAGAUAAGGAGAUUUCUCGACAGGCGAUACACCGUCUUGACUCCUCAAACUCUGUCUGAAACCAAAGAGGGACCUGGUGGCUCUGUAUGACUUGGAAAAAUUGGACCAAGACGAGCUGCUGAUCCCAGGAAAAUACUUUUGCAAACCCACCUCCUGCAUUUAAAAAAGAUCCCACGUCAUGUGCAAAUACCAAACAAAUAAUUAAGUGGUGAAAAUAAGGGGAAGACAAUGGAAAAUGUAGUUAUGUAAUUAUUCUCAGACCAGAUCAGAGGUUUGAGACACCACUUUAAGUAAAUACACAUCAGACACAGGCAGUGGAAACAGGGAUGUUAGUGUAUCAUUUUAUUCACAUUCCCAGAAAUCACUACUCUUUUUUCACUCUGGUUAUUCCACAGGAUAAUCCAGUUAGUGAGUGUUCAAUAUACAGUACUUGUUACCAGUUGACAGUGUUGGUAGCAAAAGACUAAAUCGAAGUAUAGCUGGUGAACAUACAAAUGAGAAAAUAACAUUUUAGUUUUGCUCAUCAGCAAUAAUUAAUACCACUCUGUUGUGGUCAGUUCUUCCGCACAACUGGUGGGAUUUGUUUACUUAAUACUGUAUGCACAUAGGGCGCUGGUUCAAGACCACCUGCAGCAUUCAGUCAGUUCUUCCAUGUGUUUUUGUAUUUGUAUUGUUCUUUUCUACACAAGUGUCUUUUUUACUUCUAUUUACCCCCGUUAUUAGUGUUAAAUAUCAUUAUGGAUUAUAGAAGUGCAUAUGUAACGCACGUCAUAGUAUUUAAAUGCUGAGCUUUCAUCAAAAACCAUGGAGGGAAAUCUGAAACAUACCGUUUAAGGGUCUGCUAGAACCAGUUGCUAUCUUGGUCACAGUUGCAACUUCUGGAGGGAAGCACAAUCUGUAAACUUUAUUUUCUUCCUUUAAUUUUUAUGGAGCGGAUGUCUGGCAGGUGUCACUUUUAUCAUACUGCCUGUCUUUACGACUUCCCCUGAAGCUGAUGAAUAGCAAGUGUUAUAGAAAGACAAAGUGGUGUGAUGAUCACCUGAGGUCAUUUUUAUAAAGUAUAAUGUUGUUGUCGACAUCUAAGCGUGCAUUUUUGUCUGGAAAAAACACAUAACUAAUCCUCUGUGAUGGGUGUGUAAUUGACAAAGCACUAAGGACAAACACAUUUUCUUUUUAUAUGUUGGUUUAUUGUUUUUCAAUAAAUACUCAUUAAAGUGCAAA